AGAGCCUGACUUGCUUCUGCACAAAGAUCUAAGUCUGUUUCUCCUGCGGAGACCCGAGGACACCAUUACUCUCUACUCCAAACUUUCCCUGCAGGUUCGCUCAUGGGUCGACUAGACGGGAAAGUUAUCAUCCUCACUGCUGCUGCUCAGGGGAUUGGCCGGGCAGCUGCCUUAGCUUUUGCUAAAGAAGGAGCCAAAGUCAUAGCAACAGAUAUCAAUGAGGCCAAACUUCAGGAGCUGGAAAAGUACCCGGGUAUUCAAAUCCGUGUGCUGGAUGUCACAAAGAAGAAACAAAUUGACCAGUUUGCCAGUGAAGUUGAAAGAGUUGAUGUUCUCUUUAACGUUGCUGGGUUCGUCCAUCAUGGGACCAUCCUGGACUGCGAGGAAACGGACUGGGAUUUCUCUAUGAGUCUCAACGUCCGCAGCAUGUACCUGAUGAUCAAGGCGUUUCUUCCUAAAAUGCUCGCUCAGGGGUCAGGCAACAUCAUCAACAUGUCAUCCGUGGCCUCCAGCAUGAAAGGAGUGGUGAAUCGCUGUGUGUACAGCACAAGCAAGGCGGCUGUGAUUGGCCUCACGAAGUCGGUGGCUGCGGACUUCAUCCAGCAGGGAAUCCGGUGCAACUGCGUGUGCCCAGGAACAGUUGAUACCCCAUCUUUGCAAGAAAGAAUACAGGCCAGAGAAAAUCCUGAAGAGGCCCUGAAUGAUUUUCUGAAGAGACAAAAGACAGGAAGAUUCGCCACCGCUGAAGAAGUGGCCCUGCUCUGCGUGUAUUUGGCUUCAGAUGAAUCGGCCUACGUCACCGGCAACCCUGUGGUCAUUGAUGGAGGUUGGAGCCUGUGACGCAAGCAAACCCACAGCAGACCUGCUGGGCAAGAAACUCACUGACAGCGCUCUCCCAAUGAAAGCAAGACCUUUCAAAUGACAGCAGCCAAGGGUCUGGCUCUCUAAACAUAUUCAAGUCAUUCUAAUCGCUCUUGAAAUGAUUAAGUAAAAUCCAAUUAAAAAUAUGCAACUUGUUGAAAAAGAA